GAAGAAUAUCAAACCGCACUUCAAUUCAACACCCAAACCAUCUCAAAAUCUCCCUCAAACAAUUUGCUACACAGCACACAGCUAAAUCCCAUUCAUCACCGUAUAACAAUGCGAUUUCAAAGAAAGAAACCCCCAUAAAAACAUUUCCCAAACUGUCAUUUAUUCUCUCAGUCAUGCCUCGCCUUCAUUCACUCUAGAAGUCACAAGAUCCAUAUGAUCAUAUCACUAGUAAUAUGACCGACUACACACUCGCAAACAGUCACCAACUCACAACCUACUAUGAACAUAUAGUUUUCACAUCCCACUCUCAUUUCCAUUCAUAUAUAUUCUCCUUCCCUCUCCAUUUCUCUCCCAAAUAAUGAAAAGAUCCAAACCAAAAACCAAAAGGAGAAGCUCCAAGCUCGAAAUCAUCUCCUUACAAACGCACAAGAAACCAUCUCCGCUUAUCUUCCAAACCCAAAACAUCCACUCCACUCCGCGCAAAAAAACUCCAGACUCCAGACUCCAAAUAUCCCAUCCCACCCAGCCCACACAGCCCUAAGAUCCAAAUUCCAAAUCAAAAUGCCAUCCUUAUCCACGCAUCAAGAUGAAAACUCAUCACCAGCUAUGAAAACACAUACAAGCAAAUUCAUCGAAGGCCCCAUGCACGACUCGCCAUCCCAACCGCCACCAACCCAAUUUCUUAGCAAAAUCGGCAGUGCGAGAUCUAGUUCCGAGUCGAAGAAUCCGGAUUCACAGAUAGUAGGGGCACCUCCAAAACAUCCUUCGAAGUGCGUACCGGAGGCUCUCGAAUCCUCAUCCCCGAAGCCGUCAGAAAAACUCCCGCAGAAAUAGCAAGCGAUGGAAUAUAAGGAUUCCUAACAUCUACUUUCAGGUUGGAUGUGACCAAGUGUUUUUCAGAGGCUGUUUUUACCCUGGAGGCGAACAAUACACUAGCAGGCACUCUCUCACAUAGAAUCUCGAAAACCACUUUACGGUAAAAGAGACACACAUAAUCAAAUAAUGAAUUCCCUUUUUCACA